AUGGCCUGCUGCUCGGGCCAGACCUCGACUCCUUUAGAGAAGUUUUCCAGAUCCUUGCCCGAUGACCCAGACGUUUCUCCCAUGCUCUGCCCUAUGUACACCGUCACCGUGGACGUGCUUCUGAAGAUGACCAGUGCCGAGCCGCACGAGGACUUGAAGGCGCGCGGUGACCUCGUCGUUUUCAGUGACGAGAUGGGGCGAGCGGUUUUUGUUUCACACCAGUGGCUAUCCAAGAACCAUCCAGAUCCUGACUUCAAGCAGACACGCAUUCUCCAGGAUGCCGUGAGGAGGCUCAUGAUCGGACGGGGAUCUGUUUCACUGGACCCCAUAACGGAAGGCGUGGUGAGGUCCGCCAAGCCCAUUCCCAUGCAAGCCUUUGUGACUGAAAAGUUGUUUUUCUGGUACGACUACUUCUCGUGCCCCCAACGGGAGAGCGAGACGUUGCAGGCCAACGCCAUCAACAGCAUUCCCGCAUACAUUGCCAGGUGCUCUUUCUUCUUUGCGCUCUGCCCUGUCGUCGAUUGCCCCUUCGAGGCAAAGGUUCUUACACCGGUCACGUGGAGCAGCAGAGGGUGGUGCCGCCUAGAAAGGGCCGCGCGCGAGCUCUCUCGAGACAGCUCCUGGAUUCUCAUCCAGAACGCAACUUCUGUUGAAGUUGUGGGCACAGCGCUGUCCUUUCCAAGCCUCUCGGUUGGUGAAGGCGACUUUGCCAUUGAUGCAGAUCGUCAGAAGCUGGCUAAAGUGAUGCGGAGAAUUCUCGUGCAGAAGCUCUAUCAUUGCCUUCGAGUGGGGGACCUGCCCGGAUUCCGACGCCACUUCAAUCUCCAGACAGUUCACCUGCGGGGGCUGGAGAUUGAACCGGUAGAAGGAUUUCUUCCCAGCUGCGAUGACUCUCCCAGCGAUCCAGUUGACGAGUUCCUGCACCAGAACGGCUUGAGGAAGAUUAACAAGGCAGACAGCGCAGGGUGGCGACCGCUGCACUAUGCAGCAUUGGCGGGGAACGUCGAGGUGUUGAGAGGGCUCCUGGAGAAGCGCGCAGAUGUGAACGGACGCACUGCGAAGGACGAACCGCAACUGGGCUUUCCACUUUGGAUGUCGGCCCUGGAUCUCACCGCUUUCUUCAAGCACCACAAGGCCAUGCAGUUUCUUCUGAGUGCCAGGGCCAACCUCCAUGGUGGACUUCUCCCCACCCUACAACAUGCCGCCAUUGCCAACAACGCAGAGGGUGUCCGGCUGUUGUGUGCAGCCGGUGGCAAACCGCUGACAGAGAACCCUUUGGGAUCUAGCUCCCUGCAUGCCGCGGCGACGUUUGGGGGCACAGCGGCUUUGCAUGAGCUGGUGGUGCAUGGCCGCCCGGUUGCGACGGAUCUGUCGCUCGCACUCUUCCAAGCUACCAACUUUCGAGGCGGUGCGGCAACGGUCCAGCGGCUGAUUGACCUCCGUGCUGACGUCGACUUCCAGAUGGACAUGGGCUGCUUGCCGCGACUGGGCCGGCUGCUUUUUGCCACGAAGUCCUUGCAGCACAAGCUCGGCUGGAGCACGGUUUUGGCGACAGGUGCAUAUCACAUGCACGGCAGCACGCCACUGAUGCAGGCGAUCCGGUCGGCGCAAUACGAAGCCGCGGCCACCCUGAUUGCGGCGGGUGCAAGACUGGACCUCCGCAAUUCCCGGAACUGGACCGCGCGGGACUUUGCCAGCGGCCAGUGGAUCCCCGAUUUUCUGAAGUCGGGCCUCGAGGGUAAUCCAGUUGAGUGUAAGAGGGUGUCCGGACUUGCAUUAGAGGAUGGCUACGUCCAUCUUGAAUUUUGA